AUGAUAUUGUCCCUGACACUUUUCCUGUGGAGGAUCUACCGACAUUUAUUCAUCAUCAUGUUCAGUUCAGAGAGACUUACUGUGCCAGAUUAUGUGAGUCGAUUACAUGGCAAGAAGAACGAGCCCCGGGCCGUUUCUCCGGGAAUUAAUGCAGACGUCCAGGCGAUAUUAGACAGCACACUGCCUAACCUGCGAUGCGCCAUCAGGAGGCUCAAGACCUCCAAGGACACCAGUGAUUGUGAUGAGACGCGCAGGGCUAUUGCAGAGAUCUAUCAGCUGGUGGAGGAGGCAUGGGUCCUGCCCGCUACGGGCCGCCAGGUGGCCGAGGAGAUCUGCAACAGGAUCCGACUGGAUGGAGGUCUGGAACUACUCCUUCAGCUGCAGCAAACCCCGGCUGUAGACAUAACGUAUGAGUCUGCCAAACUUCUGGAGCAGAUACUGAUCUCAGAAAACAGAGAUUAUGUUGCCAGGUUUGGGCUGGGGGUUAUUCUCAACUUGACCAGACAGCAGGAGGAUGCCCAGCUGGCCCGCAGUGUUUCUGGGAUCCUGGAGCACAUGUUUAAACACACAGAGGAGACGUCGGUCCAUCUCAUCUCAAACGGGGCUCUGGAUGCCCUCCUGUACUGGUGCAGGGGCACAGACCCCACUGUGCUACGACACUGUGCUGUGGCCCUGGCAAACUGUGCCAUGUAUGGAGGCCAUCGCUGCCAGCGGCUGAUGAUCGAAAAGCAGGCAGCUGAGUGGCUUUUCCCACUGGCUUUUUCCAAAGAAGAUGAACUUAUCCGCUUCCAUGCUUGCCUUGCUGUGGCUGUGCUGGCUGCAAAUAAAGAAAUCGAGAAAGAAGUGGUCAAAUCUGGCACUUUGGAGUUAGUAGAGCCAUUCAUUGCAUCUUUAGAUCCAGAUGAUUUUGCCCGCAGUUUACAGGACAGUGCUGACUCCAUGCAGGGAAGGACAGCUUCUGAUUUGCAGCACUUACUGCCGUUGCUGGAUGGUACAAGAGUGGAGGGCAAGUGUAUUGCAGCCUUCUAUCUCUGUGUGGAGAGCAGCAUUAAGUCCAGACAGCGUAACACCCGGAUAUUUCAAGAAAUUGGAGCAAUACAAAGCCUUAAAAGAAUUGUUAUGUACUCUAGUAAUGGUACAGCUUGCAUCCUUGCCAAGCGUGCAUUAACUAUGAUGGGAGAGGAAGUCCCAAAACGCAUUCUUUCAUGUGUACCCAACUGGAAAACAUGUGAAGUUCAGACGUGGCUGCAGCAAAUCGGCUUUAGUGCCUACUGCGAUCGCUUCCAGGAGCUGCAAGUUGAUGGAGACUUACUGCUGACCAUUACAGACAAGGAUCUGAGCCACGAUCUUGGCAUGACUGCAGGCCUCACUCGCAAGAGGUUCCUGAGGGAUCUACAUGUGUUAAAAAUGUAUGCUAACUACUCCACCUGCGAUCCAAAUAAUAUGGCUGACUGGCUUGCUGUGGUAGACCCACGUUUCAGGCAGUAUACCUAUGGAAUAGUGCAGUCUGGGGUGGACCGUGCUUGUGUCCAGAGUCUGACUGACCAGCAGCUGGAGAAGGACUGCAACAUAUACAAUGGGGUGCACAGAGCCAAGAUCCUGGCAGCAAGUCGCAAGCCUCUAAAAUCCAGUCACAUUGAUGCCCAGCCUGCAGGCCCUGAUGUGUUCAUUAGCUACCGGAGGACUACUGGCUCCCAGCUUGCAAGUCUCCUGAAGGUGCAUCUUCAAGUCAGAGGAUAUAGUGUAUUCAUAGAUGUGGAGAAGCUUGAGGCUGGCAAAUUUGAAGACAAACUUAUCCAGAGUGUACAGCGUGCACGCAAUUUUAUCCUUGUGCUCUCUGCAAAUGCACUGGACAAGUGUAUGGGGGACACUGCCAUGAAGGACUGGGUGCACAAGGAAAUUUCCACUGCUUUGAGUUGCAAGAAAAAUAUAGUUCCUGUCACUGAUAAUUUCCAGUGGCCAGAACCAGCAUCUUUGCCUGAGGACAUGAAAUCCAUCCUGAAUUACAAUGGCAUCAAAUGGUCCCAUGAAUAUCAGGAAGCCACAAUUGAGAAGAUACUUCGCUUCCUCAAAGGAAAUCAAGACCAGACUGAUGGCCCGGACUGUGGCAAAUCCUUAAAGAAAAAAUGAGGGACUAAGUGUUAUUUACACCAUGGUAU